CUUAAUUAAGUACAUCUUUAUCUUUAUUGACUGAAUUGAUUCCGGGAAUCCUCGGUCAAGUAAAUAUUUAAAGGCUUAUCAAAUCAUCCGAUUCUGGUGACAAAUUAUGAAACUAUCAAUGAAUGCAGGCAAUCUCCUUAUUUUCUGGUCUACUUUGGUUUGGAUUUACUUAGAUUCCCAUAUUGGCUGCAGAUCUGGUUUUAUUGUUUACACUUCUUAUCACCAUAAUGAAUAAUUUCAUGUAGUUUAUUGACUAAUGAAUUAUUUGGGACUAGGAAAUCGAGACCAAAUGUCAAAGAGAAACCAUGCAAAGUACCAAAUGGAGACGCAGGAACAUGCAUCCAUAUCUCAAAAUGUCAACCUUUGAUGGACCUUUACAAAAAGAAAUACAAAACUCAACAUGACAACAUGUUUUUCCAGCAAUCCUACUGCGGUAGUCCAGGAGUAGCCAAAAUUAAAGUAUGCUGUCCUUCACAAUCUUUAUGGAAUAGAUUCCAAGGGACUCCCGUUUUAUAUCCGCAUUCCCCAACCAACGCCAUAUCACCAACGCCAGUAACAAAUAACCCAGUAUUCACAAACUCUGUAACUCCAACAACAGCUCCAGAACCUGUGCCAUUGCCAUUAGCGCGACCAGCAUCUGAGGUAUUGGGAACUAGGAUGUUUUCAAAAGAACAAGAAGAAAUCAACAGAAUCUGUGGGAUUGAUACCUCAAGUUCCAAUAAAAUUAUCAACGGUGACGCGGUCGCGAUUGAUCAAUAUCCAUGGCUGGCUCUUUUGCAAUACUCUGGAGAGAUUCUCGCUUGUGGCGGAGGUCUCAUUAGCCACAAAUUUGUAUUAACAGCAGCGCAUUGCCUUGAUGGAGCCAAUGGACCACCGUUGUAUGUCCGUCUUGCGGAGUACAAUACUUCCUCUUUCCCAACUGACUAUGUGGAGCAAGAAGGCGGGGGUAUGGACAAUAUAACAGUGAAAAUUAUGGAAGUAAAAACAUCAUACCGACAUCCAGAGUACAGACGUUUGGAAAAGAUUCACGAUAUUGGUCUUAUAGAGAUGGUUGAAAGCGUUAAAUUUACGAGCGACUUUAUCAAGGCAAUCUGCUUACCGGACAGAAAUUUCAUGCCGGAAUUCGAACCAUCUACCAACUUUACUAUUGCCGGUUGGGGCAGCAUCGGUUCUGGUAAGCCAGCGAGUGAAAUAAAGCUAGAGGUAUCUAUACCUUAUGUACCCUGGGACCUAUGCGAGAAAGUGCAAGGCCCCGAUGUGAUGGACACGCAAAUCUGCGCCGGUGGAGCAGACGGAAAAGAUUCUUGUGAUGGCGACUCUGGAGGACCUUUGAUGUAUGUUUACAAUGACAGAUAUUAUGCUAUUGGAGUCCUCAGCUAUGGGCCUAGAACUUGUGGAUCAAUAGGCAGGCCGGCUACUCACACAAACGUAUACAGAUAUAUUUCAUGGAUAAAAGAAACUAUUAAGUGGCAAAAUUAGCAAUGAACUAGAGGUUGGGUUUUAAACCGUAAAAUUGUUAAAGGCUUAGCGUAAUACUUAAGUUUUGGGUGUAAAAUAUGAGUGAAAAUUAAGAAUGAUAGGUUUUAUAGGAAUUUAUGCAAGUAUUACUAGGUACCUAGGUAUAACUUAUUUUAAACUUCAAUGUUACCCAGCGCUAUACAGUUACGUGUGUAAAUUUUGCGUAGGUAUAAGAUUUAGAUAGGCAAAUUUUACAGUAAGGUGUAAAUAUAGAUAGAAUUUAAAUGGAUUUUUUAAGAAUCACAAUAGAAAUAAGGCAAUUUUACUGAUACCUAAUAUACUCACUAGUUAUCUUAUUAAGUAUCUAGUUAAAAUAAGUCUUACUUAAAUAAAACAAACCUUAUGUAUUGCUUGCAUUUACGAGUACCAACAUUAUACCUAUUUAUUAACUACGAAAGUUUUAUCAAAUGAUUAUAUUAUUGCGAUGAUUGUU